GCAACUACGACUCAUAGUCUUGCCGUGUACUUUUACUACUUUUCUAGUUCCUCGUGAUAUCACUUGCUCCUACAUUCUAAUCUCAUCGCCGCAGUUUGGACUGUCAGUCUCGAGGCGACAUGAAGAAGGCAUUCAGGCCUCAAGCAAGCAGCGCGCGCUCCUUUGGAGGCAGCGGCUUUGGUGGGGGUUUUGGUGUAUCUUCAUCGCCGCUAUCCUGGAUUGGCGAGCCUCCGGAUCUCUCAAACAUCUCGGACCCCAAUGUAGGAGUCGCAUUCAAGAACUUGACCAAGAAGGACAGCACAACAAAGGCAAAGGCUCUUGAGGAACUCCUAGCCUAUGUCUCUGCGCCCGGGCAACAGAUCGAGGAGCCAGUUUUGGAAGCAUGGGUCAAACUGUAUCCGCGUCUUUCGAUAGACAGUGCCCGUCGCGUGCGUCAACUAGCACACAAUGUCCUUGGCCAUAUCGCAACCAAGAGCGGAAAGAGAAUGGUGAAACACAUGUCCAGAAUAGCCGGACCAUGGCUGGCUGGUGCGCAAGACAGUGACCGCGCUGCAUCAAGAGCUGCUCAGGACGCGCUGAAGCUGGUCUUCAACUCUCCUGAGAAACUGCAGAACCUCAGCAAGGCAUUCCAACAGCCGAUCCUCGAACAUUGCAGAGACGCCCUUCUGAACGAGACCAUCCAAACUUUGAGUGACGAACGAAGCGUCAGUCCCGCCGAUGCCCAAGCCACCUACUCACGAGUCGUCGCCACGAGCAUUGCCGUCAUCUCAAAUCUUCUCACAGAUCUCGCGCCAGAAGAGGUUGCCAAGCAACAGGAAACAUAUGAGGGAAUCAUCGGUCAGAGCAACAUCUGGAACUUGGCCUCUUACAAGGAAGAUGUCGUCGUCAGGAGGUUCAUCCAUCGCUUCUUGCGCACUUGUCUGGCCAAGCAGAAGGCCGCGGUCGAGGCAAACCUCUCGACCAUUAGCGAAGCUUAUAUCUCAAAGGCCCUUCCCCACGACCAGACUGGAUCCUCUUAUGACUUCAUGCUGGCGCUGGUAGAACUUACGGAUGCUCUUCCGCGAGCCUGGACCACAAGCUACACAUCCAAGAAGCCUGCAGGCACAAGAUUGAGAGGCUGCAUUAAGCGCGGCUCCCAGGCUGGACCCGCUGAUUUCUGGACCAAUGCUUGGCUCCUGUUUAGCAAACUGCCCGCUGAGAUCUUGCCCCAAAAAUACUCAGAAGCUGAGGAACUGUUGACGGCAGUACAUGACGGUGUCUGUCAAAAAGACGAUCGCUUCAAUGCAUCCGCAGCUUGGUUCACCUAUUUCAAAGUCCUGGAUCUGGUCCAGAAUACUGCAUCCUUGUCUGACGACGAGCAUGAAACUUUGUUGAGUAAGAUGGCCAUACCAGCCAUCGAGCAGUACCUACGACCAUCACCUAGCACUGCAAACUGGCAGAUCUCAGGUGCUAAGCCUGCUUGGAACGUCUCAAAGGCUGCAUUCUGCAAGCGCUUGCCAUCCGUGUUGGAGAAAAAGUGGCCCGAGUAUGCUGCUCUCUUGGUCGAGGACAUCCGAACAUCGCUUCCGGAACAAGCCAAAGACUUUGAGAAGUCGCAGGCACAUGUUGCUUCUGCUGCAGAAAGAUGGGCGCUCCUCCAGUCAGAGCUCCUUCGUGACGAGUACCAGCUUUCGGAAGCCCUACGAACCAUCUUCUCUCAAUCUGCAAAGGAUGUUGUCAAUGCGUCUCUCGAAGCGCUCAGAAAUCGCAAUGGAAAGCCGUAUGGCGCCGCUGCAGCGAUUGAUGAGCUACAGAACCAUUGCAAAACUCUGCUUGAAGAAGACCGGGAAACACAAGACAUCGUUGCAACUUUUGUUGUACAAGACCUGCCUGGGUUACUGUCGUCCCCUUCCCAGAAACAACUCGUCUCUUUGCUCUAUCACUUCCAGACUGAUUCUAGAUUCGGAGAGGCAUGGAACAAGGCUGCAACAGCUCUCGGCAACAGCCAGGAUUCUGACGAGAAGCUCAAUGCUUUCCGUGACUUGCUCGCCUCACCGAGAGUUAAGCCCGCUGCAGAGCUUGCUGCUCAGAACGGUGAAAUUCAGGCCUUCUUACAACGCCAAUUCAAGUCUAGCUUAGAUACGGGGGCGCAAUGGAGCUUCAUCUCCAGUAUUAUCAAGGGCACACCCAGUGUGGCUUCUACUGAGACUGUUGAUAGUAUGCUGGCCGAUCUCACGACUUCGCUGUCGAUAUUCGGCAAGGCGAACUCUGCUCUGGACGGUCUACAAGAGAUCACUAAAAGCAACAAGACUCUCGUCAAAGAGCACAUCAAGAAGCCCAGCGGAUCACAGCUUUUGCCUAACCUUUUGUUAUUGGAAGAGUCUACCGACGAAAGUCUGGCAGCCAAAGCUUCUAGCAUCAGCAAGGGUAUUGUCACAGAGGCCGAUAAGUCUGGUUCUCAAACAAUUCUUUUUGAUGUCGUCCACCAAAGUCUGAGGGACGUGUCGUCGAGCUCACUGCCAAUGCCGCAAGUUCUUGACAUGGCUGCUAGUCUCGUCAAGGAUGGCGACGUUGAUCAGAAGAAGCAAGAAGUUGCCAAGCAAGCUCUGCCCGAUCUGGCGGCCUGGAACGCCGCCAUCGCGCCUUUCAUCGGAACCGCACCUCCAAUCGCUCUUGCCAUUACCAGUGUUUUGGGAGGAGCAACAUACCUCGUAGACCCUGAAUCUAGAUCCGAUGUCUCUAAGAUCUCGAGAGACGCCGAUGGCCUAUCACAAGCUUUGCGCUUCGCCAUGUACACCUCGAGAAUCUACUCCUCCAGAGCUCUGCUUCAGGCAUUAGAGCCCUCGACGCAGACAGAACUGUUUCGGCUCUUCUAUCUGACCCAUAUCCUGCUCACCGAGAGUGUUUCUCUUAAAGCUCAAAAUGGCUUGGCUUCAUCGAACCCCGAGACCGAGGCUGAGAUUGUCGAGUUCAUCAAUGAAGCCAACAAGCUCAUUGGAGAUUGCUUCCAACAAUACGAGGACGCCUCUGACGCAUCAUAUGCCUUCGUCGGUACAAUUGUUGACGACUUUUUCGAGAAGUCCAAGGGCAGCAGUACAUCAGCAUUCUACCACGCUCAAGCAUUAAGUCAUGCACUCAGUGACCUUGAGUCUAUUCAUGGUGGCGGUCACGCCAAAAUUCAAGAAUACGAAGACAAGACGGUGCAGCUUUACAAGGCCAAGGAAGUCGUUCCCUUCACAGCUUGCGCCAACGGUUUGAAGGAAGCUUUGUCUGAUAGCAAGAAACUCGACAGACAGACUAACGAGCUGGUUGCCGAUCUCACUGGCUUGGACGCCCUUCACAACCCAGAAAAAGCAAUUACUCAACUCGUCAUGCUCAAUGCUUUGUUUUCUGCUAGCAAGCAAGCUGACAGUGUUGUUGCGAAACAGCGUCUCAUCUUCUUGAUGAAGCACAUCUUGCCCUGGCUCGACAAUGAUGAGAUAGUCACACCUAUCAAGGUUGAGACAUGUAAAACGUUGCUCUCUGUUCUCCCUGGUGUCAGCGACAUCUACGGCGAGCACUGGUCACAGGUUCUGGCAUUCAUGACUUACACAUGGGAGCUAGGCUUCGUUCGUGAUGAGAUUGCUGACGAGAGUCGCAUGGCUUUGGUCUACACCUCUCUUCAACUCUCCUCUACUCUCCGUAGUCUCAAGUCGGGCGAAGAGCCUAACGACGAUCUUGUUGACGCCUGGAAGGAUAGCUCUGAGGUGGCCUAUAUGGGGCUGAUGAACCUUGUUAGACAAGGUCAAGGUCAGUCUGAUGAGCACCAUGAGCCCCUAAAGAUGCUUUUUCAAGCUUUGGGCAUUGAGGUUGCUCAAUGGUCGACUGGCCAGGUCGAGGACGAAGCAGAGUUAUAUCCUCUUCUCUACACUCCUUCGGAGGCCUUGCAGAAGACGGCAUUCGAUAUUCUACAUCGUGUUAUUCCCGCAGCACAGGAGAAAGUCUCGUUCGACGCAGCGCUUGAAAAGAAAGCAGCGAAGUUGCCUGAGGAGCUGUUGUCACUGCUACUUGCGCCACCCACCUUGGACAGUUUGGCAGAUGCAUCUUUCCGAACAGGUAUCCCUCAAGAGUUGCAAGCAUACCUUUACGGUUGGCAACUCGUCUUCGAUCACUUUGUCAACUCGAGUUACCAGGUCAAGUCUGAUUAUGUCGAGGCUCUCCGCGAAGGUGAGUACCUUGGUCAUCUGCUGGAGCUGACCUGGGAACUCUUGGGUCAUGUACGCGGCCGUCCUAUCGACGUGUCGAAGUAUGACAUUCGCCGCUAUGACUAUCUCGAUCAACAAGGCGAUUUCGAGGGUCUGAGCGCAGACAAGCGUAUGCACUGGUUGUUGGCUCACUUGUACUACCAAGCCCUCAUGCACGUGCCCUCGCUUACAAAGGGACAAUUCUUGGCCAUCAAGUCGCGACAGACUGGUUUGGCAGUAGAGAGCUGGACAGCAAAAUACAUCGCUCCACUCAUCGUCUCUGCAACUUUGGACUCUGUUCAGCAGUGGGCAGAUGCUGUCAAGACAGAUCCUGAGUACGAAGGCUGGAGUGUCAAGGUCUCACCACGUAGUCGCGAGGUACAAUUCUCGUACCUCGUUGACGAGCAGACUAUGUCUAUCGUCAUUCGUCUGCCCGAGACUUACCCCCUGGCCAGCGCCAGGGUUGAGGGCCUCAACCGUGUUGCUGCCGACGAGCGUAAGUGGCAAUCUUGGCUGCGCAACUGCCAAGGUGUCAUUCAAUUCAGUAAUGGAAAUCUCAUCGAUGGAUUGACGACCUGGCGCCGCAACGUCACUGGCGCACUCAAAGGACAGUCAGAGUGUGCUAUCUGCUACAGUAUUAUCUCUGGUGAUAGACAGCUGCCGAGCAAGCGUUGCAGCACUUGCAAGAAUCUGUUCCACAGUUCUUGUCUGUUCAAGUGGUUCAAGACGAGUAACGCAAGUACUUGUCCUCUUUGCAGAAACCCCUUCAACUAUGGUUAAUUAGGGUGGUUCAAAAAGUUGGGGAAAAAAAGAGAGAUGAUUGUAUAUAGAGAUGGGAAAUGAUAAUGAAUGGACUUCGAUGACUAUCUGACCGAGAACUGGUUUUCUUCGUACUGAAACUCCAUGAGCUCAGUGAAACUGUCCUCCUUGAAGCAGAUUGUCGGUGGCAAACGAGAUUAUGGACGGAUGUCAAGAGCAACGUAUGUGUUUCAGUUGUGUAUAUAUCAGCAGC